GCAGGCAGGAGGGGGCGGGCAGGCAGAAUAAACUACAUGAAUAAGAACUGAGCCAGAAGCACAGAGGAGACAGAGCACUGUGUGUGUGUCUGUGUGUGUGUGCGUGCGCAUGUAUGCAUGUGUGAGAACACUGCGCAUGUGUGACUGAGCGGACUGUGCAGGAGAAAGAGCAGUAAUGAACGCCAGCUGAGGGAUGACAGCAGGGGAGAGGGAGAGAAGGAGAAGACAGAGGCUCACCUGAAGACGAGAAGAAGGCGGCAGUGAGAAGAAAGGAGGACAUAGUGGGGUGACAUUUGAGAGAUAGAUAAGCUCGAAUGAGGUAAAUGAUGUGUGAGUAGAAGCAGACAGACUGGGAUGGAGAAAAGGACACAGGAAGAGAGAUUUCAGCUCCAACUCGAAGGAAAAAGACUGGAAGAGUGAAGGAGACCGAGACCAGAGAGCCGAUGAUGCUGAGCCUGAUGAAGGCAGACUGAUGUGUCCACCUUGCAACAGCUUCCUCCAUCUUAACAUUUCCUCCAUGUUGUUGAUGCUCUGAGAACAGAGACGGACAGGAGAGAGGAAGACAGCAUCCUCACCCCGGCGACAAAGAAGGCAAAGCGGUUUGUCAUCCAACACAAACAGCUCAUUGAGGCAACAAACGACUGGACUAUGACAACCACGUAAAGCGGACAGAUAAAUGGACCAAAGGAAUCUGUCACACUGAAAAAGGAAACAACACACCGUAGAGGCAUCUGUAAAACUGUUAUUUUCCCUUCUGCGUAGUUAUGACGACUGUCUGAGAGUUUAAAUACAAAGAAGUUCGUCAAUCCCACCUCUGAAAAAUUCAAAGAGCAAUUCCAACACAUCUCGGGAGUAUUAUACAACACCUCCACAAAAGACGCCCUUCCUACUGCUAUCAAGAAACCAAGAAAAGGGGUCAAACAAGCUCUACUGAUCAGACUGGACCAACAGCAGAGAGACAGACAGAAAGGCCUUCUUUCAUUCUUUUUUUCGAUCUUUCUUACACACUCAAGUCAACAUCUGACGUAGCCAAAAACAUAAAGCUCAAUAGUUGUUUAAGUGAGGAAAAAAUGUGUUUCCUUUUGCAAGUCACAGGAUAAAUUGCUAGGAAAUACUUCUGGACCUUUAUGAACUGCCUAUAGUCAACCUACUGAGUGAAUUUAAAAAUUCUUAUCCUGUGCUGUGUAUGUAUGUGUAUUGACCAUCUGGGUGCUGAAGUAUUUACAAUUCCUGUGUACUUUGUAGAUAUCAGCGAGAGCACAGGAACACCAACCUAAGUACUGUUAAAACACAAAAAUCUGACUGCAUAUAGUCAAUAUUUAUCAAGUUCUGUGAACUAGACUGUUAAAUAAUAUACAAUAAUUAUGGGUUUAUUUAUAUUAUAAUAGGUUUGCUAUUGCAGGGUUUGAGGUACAUGUAGCUGUUGGCUGAGUUUUUCAUUCAUUGACACUCAGACUGACAGAAGCACCUUGAAGGGCAGAUCUUUGAAGGGAACAUGGAGGCAUCCAUCCGUCCCCACGUCCCAUCUAAUGGCUGACUUCAAAGGAGGAUAUUAAUCUUCUUCCCCUUGUACAAGAGCAAGGAGUGUCCAGCGCUGAUUAGAGCUACAGCCCAUCUAUCUCAGAACUCCAAAGCCUUGCGAAUGUCCUGCCUCAGGCGUCAGCCGCUGGCCAUCCCCAUGGACACGGUCAAAAUCAUCCAAUCGGAGAAAUUUCCCAGAGAGUGCCCCGUUCCAGUCACUCAACCUCGGUAUGCCCCAGCUCCAAGAGUGGCGUGGGAUGGCGGUGGUGAGGGUGAAAUCAUCGUCAACCAGGCCUGCAGUGACCUGACACUGGACAUAGCACCGUCUCCCAGGCCAAUGGUGUCUCCUCCGGCCCCACUGCUGCGCAGGGAACACAGCUUCCUGGCGCAGCGCAAAACCAGUGCCAAUGAAAUCUGCUACCAUCAGUUCCACUACAAGAUGGAAGACGUCAUAGUCAACCAGUACGUGAUCCGUUCCUCCUCCACUUCUUCCUCCACUUCCUCGUCCUCAUCUUCAGGCCCCGUCAUGCCGUGCGAGCCCCUGGAAUGCCCCACCUGUGGUCACACGUACAACUUUGCGGGGAAGCGUCCGCGGAUCCUCUCCUGCCUGCAUUCGGUGUGUGAGGAGUGCCUGCAAAUCCUCUACGAAUCAUGUCCCAAGUACAAGUUCAUCUCCUGCCCCACAUGUCGGCGCGAGACGGUGCUGUUCACUGACUAUGGCCUCGCUGCUCUGGCCAUCAACACCAGCAUUCUGAGCCGCUUGCCCUCCGACCCCAACGGGCCCGUGCAGUGGGGCGGGGAGGCCGACCGCAGCUGCUACCAGACUGUGCGUCAAUACUGCCAGUCAGCCUGCACCUGCCAGAUUGCCAACCCGUUGUCCUCCUGUGGCAUCAUGUAGACAAGAGGGAGAAGGUGAGGACACUGCAGACAAGACUCAAUGCUGCUCCCCACCAACACCACUCUUUUCAUCUAUAAGCUAAACCCUUUCUGCCAAGCCCCCCUCUCUCACAUGUACAGUAAAUAAAUCCCUUCAUAGAUGUUAUCUCUCUAUAUUUAAUAACACAGGUGGAUACUGUGUGGGACUUAUGGAUGCUGGUGAUCCAGUACGAAGUAAAUAAAUGUAUUUUAUGUAUGGACUGGAAAACUAUUCACUGUCUCUCAUUUGGUUGGAUGUGUUUGUCAUGACAUCUCUUUACAUGGGAAUGCCAGGGGAGGUAUGUCCCCCCCAACCUAGGAGAAUACAAAUUAAAUAAAUAAAAAACA